CAGGUCGAUGACCUUGUCAUGGAGAAGCGGAAGGAGUGGGAAACCCGGUUCAAGCGAUUGCAAGCGGAGGUUGAUCUGAAACAGGAAGAGAUUGCUCGCUUGAAGGACGGCCAGUGCAGCCUGAAACGGGAGAAUAGCAAGCUGAGUAAGCAGCUGGAGGCGCUUGGACAGACAUCGCACGACCUCACGUCUCGAUAUGACAGCAUCCUCUCCACGAACCAGGCCCUCUUGCAGCAAAAGGAGCGAGAGCUCAAGGCGCUGGAGGGCACGUACCGGGACGAGAAGGCCCAGCUUGAGCAGCAACUUCGACUGGUGGAGAGCGAGUUACACCAGCUGCAGGAGCAGUGGCAGCGCAAGAUCACGCGGGCAGAGGACGACCUGUCCACCUGUCGUGUGGAGCGGGACGCGUGUCAGAUGCGCUAUGACGAGAGCCAGAAGCACAUGUCCAAGCUGCGGCGGGAGCGAGACGAGUUGCGACGGCGGCUGCUCGAAGACGAACGGCAGCGCAAUUCGGAGCACGUGGCGUUGAGUGACCGCCUGGAGAGCGCAAAGGCAGAGGCCGCCUCCCUGCGCACACAGCUGCACGAGGCGCAGGCUGAGCUGACGCGACUGGAGCACCGGCGAGAGGAAGACCUGCGGGCGCGACGGGAGGAGGUGGCGGCGUUGAAGAGCGACAACGACGCGCACAAGCAGGCCCUCACCGCCCGCGAUCAAAGCAUUGCACAGCUUGAGAAGUCACUGCAGCGGGCGAUUGAGCAGCAGCAGACGGCGAACAAGAUGGCGAGCGAGGCCAGCCACCGCGCAGAGGAGGCAGCAUCCCGCAUGCAGCGCUACCACAAAGAGUUGUCGUCCCUCAAGCAGAAAGUUCGGGAGCAGAAUGCUGUCAUUGAAGAGCUGCAGACGCGCCUCUCCAACGAAUCCGCGUCGUCGCUCGAGACAUCCGGCCAGAUGCAAGCGAUGGAAACGGAGUUUCGGUCCGGCUUGACAGCCCUCGAAAAGACGUGCGACCGGCUGCGAGCGGAGGUGAAGCGGAAGGAGGAGCGAAUCCAUGACUUGGACGACGAGCUGUCGUCUGCACUCGCGCGUGCAGCCCAGGCCGAGCGCCACACCGCCCAACUCCGACGCGACUUCGACCUCCUUGCACAGAGCCAAGAGACGUCUGAGGCAGAGCGACUGAAGCGGGCGCAGGCCCUGAAUGAGGUGAAGAGCCGUUAUGAAGCAGACAUGCGCAAGCUGAUUGCCGAGGCGGCGACGCUCAAUGCACAACACAAGGUCUUCCGCCAGCGCCACGACCAGUUGCAAGAAGAGCAUGCUGAACUGAAGAAGAAGAUGGCCGAAUCCGACACGGUGGCGCAGAAAGCGCUCAACAACCAAGUGGAGGCCCAGUCGCAAGUCCGCUCCCUUGAAGACGUGCUGUCCACGCGGGAGCGGGAGCUGCGGCUGCUGCACGAGGAUUUGAGUGCAAAGACGAAGCAGAACGAGUCGUACAAACGCAAGCUGCACGACGCGUUGCAGACGGUGGCAGACACCCGUCAGGCUGCCGAGCGCAUGGAGACAAAACUCAAGGCAUACGCACAGAAGCAGGCGAGCGCGGCCGCUGAUCUGCAGAGCCAGCAGCAAACGGGCGCAACAUUGCAACGGGAGCUGCGACAGCUGCAGGCGACGUGCCAGGAAGCAAAGGCACAGGCGGUGUCGGCGCAGGCUGAAAAGCACUCCAUGCUUGACGAAAUCAACCGCCUGCUUGAGCUGAACACGCGCAUACAGCAGCAGCUGGCAGCCAAGGACAAAGAUAUUGCCACGUAUGAAACACAGAUUCACGGCCUCUCCUCCGAGCUCUCAACGCUGCAGGCGUCCAACACGCUGCUGCAACAGCAGCUGAGAACAAUGACAACGCCGGAGAAAGGCAUGCACGAUGACGUGCAGGCAGCAGUGGCCUCACGCAUCCGCCAACAACAACAACAACAACAACAACACGUGUCUUCUAUGCGACAGCAGACAAAGCCCGCCACACAGCGCCGUGGCGAGGAUGGCGACGACGAGGAGCGCGCAUCGCCAUCGAGCUCGCACGACGUCGGACAUGGCGAGCAGUGGAUUGGGCAGCAGCUGAGCGAUUCCUUGCGUCACUUGAACGAAGAGAGUGACUCGACAGACUCGUUGCUGCAGGAGCUGAAUCUACACUCGCGGGCGCGUGCUGUGGCCGCCACCGAACGCACCACAUCGCACGCUGAGAAGAGUGGUGACGGUGGUAGUAGCGGUGGUGGCGCUGACACUGCAGAGCAGCGUCACGAUAGCCGUCAUCACCGCCACUCGCACCACACCCACAUUUCGCAUCGCACGCAAGCACGCGAGGCCGGCGGCAGCACGAACGAACACGACCUCUCGUUUGCCAAAACCGCGGCCACAGCAUCCACGACACAAACGGGCGCAACGGGCGGUGGCGGUGAAGGUGCUGACGUGUUGUCAACGUCACAGCGAACGCACACAACGCUGAAGGCAACACGCGGGUCCAUGCCGGACGUUGGGUCAGUGGCAAGCCUCGGAUCAGCAGCUGCAGCUGCAGCUGACGCUAGUCGUGGUGGUGCUGUCGCCCACCGCCAACCACAACAGCAGCAGCAACAACAACAACAACAGCAACAACAACAACAACAACAAGAGAGGGCAGUGGCGGCGGGGGAGGCGGACACUGGCAUUGACAUGCGGGCUGGGCUGAGCGUGUUGUUGCAACAUGACGUGCAAUCCAACUCCACCUCCACGUCCAUGAUGGAGGAGGACAUUGAUGCCCGCCUGGCCACCCUGCUCCGUGUGGAAAAUUCAAGGUUGCGGCGGAACAUUGAAGCAUUCCACAAGCAGAUGCAAUGGUCGUGGCCAUUGUCAUCUGUGCAGCCGUCGACAGGAACUCAACAACUACAACAACAGCAACAGCAGCCACCAUCGUCCUUGCACCACCUGCUGCAAACCACGGCGCCGCUCAUGCCACUGCAGCACUCACCGAUCGAGGACUCUGACUCGUCGCGCGGGCUGGCGAAGACGCUGAUGGGGGAGGAGACGGACGAAAGCACGUCGCUGCUCGGUGCGGCCAGCACACAGGCACAAACAUCACCACCGCCAGCAGCAACGACAAGAACAGCAGCACAGGCAGUUGCUGGUGGUGUGCACACGUUGAGGUCGGCCACGGAUACGUCGGCGAGCGCAGCCGAGGUGGCACAGCUUGCAGUGGCCUGGUCACAGCUCCAAGCGCAACAACAGCAGCUGCAGCAAGCACAGCAACAGCUGCAAAGCACAAGCCAAUCGCAUGCGCAGGCCGAGUAUGAUCGCUUGCUGAACCGGACACAUUUGUCACACCUUGCUGUGGAGGGCGAGGAAGCCACAGCAUCAGCGGGUUGUGGAAGCAGGCGCGACAACAAGGAACAAACCGCAACAAGCGGUGAGGAGCUGAAAAGCGCCCGUGCAGCGCAGCCAACGGUGACAGCAACAACGACGACGACAGGAGAGGAAAAGGCGAGGACUGAUGAUGAUGAAGAUGACGAUGAGGGCGGGGAAAUGUAUCGCUACAACACAACACCACUGUCAUUGUCCGUCAACACGAGCAUGGGUUCGCUGAUGCACGACAGUCGGCGGGGCGAGUCUGCGCCUCCAAUCGGCACGCGCGCUGAAGCCACCCAACUCUCGCAUGACCCCAUCACACCGCAGCGCCACCCAAGCACCCAGCAGCAAAACUCACAGCACACAUAUCAACAGCCACAACAACUUCAACAACAACAGCAACAGCAACGGCAGUAUCCGUUGAGUUCGUUUGCUGCAGCGGGCGCAGCGGCGAGAACACAGCAGCGGACGUUCUUUGGCGUGGGCAUUUCUGCCAUCAAUCAACGCGCACCACAGCCAUACGGUCGCCAGUGGUGGCGGUGGCGGCGGCGGUGGUGGCACGAGCACAAGCGAAACAGAUGGCAAGUUCCUUCGUGAGGAGACAGAAGAGGCGGUUGCGUUCCAGCAGCGGCUUGCGCGGCAUCUCAACGCGCUCCAGGGCCGUCUGUCACCAAUGGAUUCUGACAUGGCCACGUCCACACCAAGCCGUCCAUCUUCGUGAUUGUUAUCCUGGGGAGAGAAGGAGGAGGCAGUGUUGCCGAGGUAACGAACUUUGCCUGCUUGCUGGUUGCUCGCACGGCUUCUCCCCCCCCACACACACGUUCACCCACGGUCUUUCUCUGCCCUCAGCUUGGCUGCUCGUUCAUGGCUCUGUUGUUGUACACUGCGCUUUCUUUCUUCUUUAUUUCUCCUGCCAUGUCAUGUGCUGUUCCUUAUUUUUCGUUCGCGUGUUACAUUACUUGAUUGCCGUGCAGUCUCUCGUUGCGUUUUGAUUUACUCCUGUCCUGCCCCUUGCUUUCACCGCAGCUUUGUCGUUGUGUGCACGC